GUUCUAUUAGUUAGAUUAAAAUCAGAAUAAAGAAUAUGCAAUUAUUAAAAAUCGGUUUCUUUUUCGGAUUAGCAGCAUUAGCAUGGGCAGGCCACCAUCAUGGUCAUGCUAGCAGUUAUGCUAGUGUUGUAAAACACGAAGAACCACAUCAUCAUCAUCACCAUCAUUAUGACGAUGGACAUCAUGGACUUGAUUAUAGUCAUCAUGGUCAUGAUGACCAUCAUGAUUAUUAUUCACAUCCAGCUUAUAAAUUUGAAUAUGGUGUAAAAGAUUCACAUACUGGUGAUAAUAAAAAUCAAUGGGAACAUCGUGAUGGGGAUCAUGUUAAAGGCGCCUAUGAACUCCAUGAACCUGAUGGUACAAAACGUGUUGUUGAAUAUACAUCAGAUAAACAUAAUGGAUUUAAUGCAGUUGUUAAAAGAAUUGGUCAUGCUCAUCAUCCACAAGUUUAUGGACAUCAUGAUGGUCAUGGAUGGGAUCAAGGACAUGGACAUGGUCACGGACAUGGUCAUGGACAUGCUGAAAGCUGGGCUAAUUCAAAUUUAUUAGAUCAUCAUCAUCAUCAUUACUAAGUCAUCACCAUAUUGUCAUAUAGUCUAAAGAAAUAUGGAAAUUAUUUAUUGAAUUAAUUAUAUAAAAAACAUUUAUCUCAUCUUUAUUCAAAAUCAUUUUUAUUAAAACACCGAUGAUUACCCAUAAUUGGGUUAUAUAUACAUACAUAUAUAUAUAUAUAAGCACAAAUGUAUAAUAGAUUUUGAAUAUUUAUAUACAUACUUCUAUUAUAAUUACUUCUGUUGUACAUAUUGUAUUUCAUUUUGUAAAUAUGUUUU